AUGUUUAUAAACAAGGCUUCGAAGGCUCUGACGGCCGCCUGGACGCCUGCUAGCGAUCGCGACACCGGACAAUAUUUCCGGGUUAGGCCGAACAACAGCUCCGUCCUGGAGGGCGGCGAAGUGGUAAUUCCCUGCGAAGUGGGGAACAAAGCCGGCACCGUCCAAUGGGUCAAAGAUGGAUUUGUCUACACCAUACAGAACGACGAAAUCGUGGGCCAACCCAGGCUAAGGCUGGUCGGCGACCAGAAGGCCGGUAUUUUCAACCUGAAGAUCACCGACGCGUCCCUGACCGACGACGGAGAGUACGAGUGCCAGGUCGGACGUUACCUGCGAAUCAAGCCGAUCCGCGCCAGCGCCCACCUGAUCGUCACCUCGCCCCCGCGGAAGGUGGAGAUCAGCAGUCAUCCGAACAAGAAGAAGAUCGAGGUGAAGGUGGGCGAGUCUCGACGGCUCGAAUGCAUCGUCCGCUCCGCCAAGCCGGCAGCCUCGAUCAUUUGGUAUCGCGGAAACGUGCAGAUCAAGGGCGGCGACACCACUAUCAACGCAAUCUCCAUCGAGGGUGACAAGGAGACGUCGAAGCCCGGGGAGAAGUCCAAGGAGCUGCUCAAGUACGACACUCACGGUUCCAUUACCAUCGUGCCCACGGCGGACGAUAAUGAGAUGGAUUACACCUGCGAGGCCAACCACCCGGCGAUACCCAUAGACAGGCCCAUGCGGGCCACCAUUAAACUCUCCGUUUUCUAUCCACCCGGUGCGCCGUACAUAGAGGGCUACACCGAGGGCGAGACCGUGCAGCGCGGUCAGAACGUAGAGCUGGCCUGCCGAUCACGCGGUGGAAAUCCGCCGGCGCAAAUAAUCUGGUUCAGGAACGACGAGCAGAUCUCGCGCAGCUAUCGCACGGAGGGCGGCGCGUCCGAGAACGUGCUCUCGUUCACGGCCAGGGCACAGGACGAGAAGGCGCGCUACAGAUGCGAGGUCUCCAACAUCAUGAGCGUGCAGCCCAUGAAAGUGCACGUCGAUCUCACUGUACUUUUCGCGCCCGCCGGAGUGACCAUCACCGGACCGACGGAGGCCAAGGCGGACGACCAGGUGCUCAUCACUUGCACGACGGAGAACUCGAAUCCGCCAGCGGACAUCAAGUGGACGGUGGACGGGCAUAAUUUCGAGAGCAACGCCUCGAAGACGGAGCCGGCGCCGAACGGCGGCUGGAUCACCAGCUCGAACGUGACGUUCGGCAUUAAUCGCAGGAGCCGCAGUAUCGUCGUCAUCUGCCACGCUUCCAACGCGAAGCUCACGGAGAACGUGGUCGGCACGCACACCAUCAACGUGAUAUAUCCACCUUCGAAAAUAACCGUCACCGGAUACGAGGAGGGCACGACGAUAUCUGCUGGGACGGUGCUGAGGCUCUCGUGCGUCGCCACGGCGGGUAAUCCACUGGCUACGUUAACGUGGUACAAAAACGAUCGCAAGGUCCAGGGCACAGUGAGGACGCGAAGUCACGCCGUCUCCAGUGACCUGCAGAUACUCGUCAACGCCUCCGACAACAACGCCCAUGUGCGAUGCGAGGCGACGAAUUCAGCCACCGAGAUCCCUCUGCUCAAAGUUCACGUGUUAAAAGUCAACUUCCCGCCCGAAAGGGUGAAGAUUAACCGCGAGCCCCAGGACUUCCACGCCGGCCAGGAGGGACGUAUAAUCUGCGAAUCGAGCAGCAGUAAUCCCGCCGCCGAGAUGUCGUGGUGGAAGAACGGAAUACCGGUACCCGGCACCAGGAACGGCACCAAGAACGGAUUAUACGGCGGCUUCGUCUCGUUUGUCGAGCUCGCGUUGGACUUAACCGAGGAAAUGAACGGCGAGGUGUACACCUGCGAGGCCAAGAAUACAGAAUUGGGGAGAUCCAUCCACGACGCUACCACUCUAGACGUGCUCUACAAGCCGAUAUUCUCGCCGUUAGAUCCUUACGAGCUCACCGGCUUGGAGGGCGAGCCUUUUGUGAUUUCCGUAUCGGCAAGGGGCAAUCCUAACACGACGGAGUACACGUGGACGAGGGACGGUUUGCCGCUCGGCAGCAGCGGCAAGAGAAUAACCGCGCAUGGCUCCACGCUGAAUAUCACCAGAUUAGAUCGUCACGACGCCGGCACGUACAUAUGCGAAGCGCUAAACAAGGAAGGCACCACUUUUUAUCAGCUGAAUUUGACGGUGCAGUAUCCGGCCAAGAUCAAGCGCACCUCUUCCUCGGGGAUAGUUUAUCCGCCCGGCGCCGAGGCGAAGCUGUUCUGCGAGGUCGACGGCAGCCCGAUCGGCGAUGAGUAUGUAACCUGGCAAAAAGUGGGAUCGAACCCGGAGCUACCGGGGCGUUACUCGACGUCCUUCGUCAAUCGCACGUCGUACCUCCACAUAGAGCAACCCAGCCAAGAGGACGUCGGCGAGUAUCGGUGCAAGGUCAACAACGGCAUCGGCAACGUCACGUCGGACCCCAUUCUCUUCAUCACGAACUUUAAACCGGAAAUGACGAACACCCCAUUGACGCGAAAGGCGGCUGCGAACAAAGGAAUAAACGUCCAAUUGUUCUGCAAAGCGCGGGGAUCUCCAUUGCCACAUUUCACUUGGAUCUUCAAUGGGAAAACUUUAUUGCCGAACGCAACCGAGAAUAAAUACAGUAUCACUCACAGCGAUCUGUCCGAGCUCUACUCGGAGACAACGCUGACCAUUUACCACGUGAGGUCACAGGACUACGGGAAGUAUCAGUGCCGCGCCCAGAACAAAAUGGGAUACUCCACGGACGACAUACACCUGGACGUGACGUCGCCGCCGGACAAGCCGAGCGACCUGGAGGUCUACAACGUCACCCAUGACUCGGUCACGGUGAUUUGGAAGCGCGGCUUCGACGGCGGCCUGCCGACGUCCCAUCAAAUACGUUGGAGACAGGCGCUGGAUUACGAGGACCGCUACCAUUACCUCGACAUCUCGCCCGGCGACUAUAAGGCCACGAUAUCCGGCCUGUCCCUCGGGACUUAUUACGUAUUUAGCGUGAAAGCCAUCAACGAGAAGGGGGACAGCGGCUUCUUGCCGGACCUCCUCAAAGUCCAGACGCUUCGGCCGAAUAAAGAGGAAAACCUGCAGGACGUCCUAUUGGAAAAGGGCGACUUUCCGAUGAAUUAUGUCUAUACGUUCGCAGCGACUUCCGUCAUCUUUUUUAUCGUUAAUGUCUUCAUCAUGUUGUGGUACAUAGUACGAAAGCGAAAUAAAGCUCGCAUUAAUAAGUCGCAGACUGCGGACAUGUACGCACCGUCCACCGUCAACGGCGACACCAUGACCGGUGAAUUAAGUUCGAUGUCGGACGAGAAGAGCGACGUUAACUUCGACGCUAACGAUUACGUGGACGAGGGACGCAAAACCGCAGCUAGCACGUAUUUAAUAGAUCAAACUAUGCAGGAUUUCGGGAAAGGUGGUUUAGAGAUGCAGGUGCAUCAGGGCACCCUCGGCCGUCGCAGCAAUCACAUGCAGACGUCGAUGAACAUGGACUCGCCGCCGCAGAGAACCACCGCCAGCGGGACUCUUUCGGUGUCGAAGUCGAGUUACAUCGGCAACCCGAGCCCGGCGCCGCCUAACGACGUGAGUUUCUACAGCGUGGAGAUGGACAACGGCCGUUACCUGGGCUACGACGGCAACCCGAGCCCGGCGCCGCCCUCUAUCGGGGAGCCGACCGGCGGGCCUUACUACCCGUCGUCCCUGGGCUCGACCGGCCACAUAAUGGGACACGUCGCGGGUAGCACCGGCACGCUGACGCGCACCAGGACGCUGCCGCGCCCGGUGCCGCCGCCGGACGUCACCGUGAUGACCGCCGGCACCAAGUCGCCGAUACCGCCGUCGGUGCCGCCGCCGCCGGCCACGUUCGCCCGCGCCGUCAACCCCCACUCGCAACCGCCGCCGCCGCCGCCCCCGUGCCAGAGCCACCCGCUCUCGACGUUCACCGCGACGCCGACGUACUCCGACAUCGACGGCCAUCUUGUCUGA